CAGAGUCAAAGCCUUCAUCUCCAAAUAAUAUCUCAAGAGUACUUCAUCAGAUAAGGCUGAGCAGAGCAGAGCAUAGCAUAGCAGAGCCACCUCCUCCGUUCCUCCCGCCACACUCCGACCGCCGUGCUGCCCUUGCCCUCGCCCUCUCCGUCACCAUGCUGUCCCUCACCAGAACCCUCACCUCACCAUUCCUCAAUCCCAACCCUCCCCUCCCAAUGCCCACCUCAAAACCAUCCAUUAAGCCCUCAUCCAUCAAGCCUACCUCCAAUAUGAUGCAACCAAGUGGCCUAAUCCCCGCCUCUCCGGGCGAUUCGCCUCAAAAGACCCUUCAGCUCUACCAGCCCUUCCGCCCGCCCCCCUCCCCCGUUCCCUCCCAGUACCGCAACCUUGACACCGCCGCCCGCCUCGAAAUCCUCUCCAACCGCCUAGGCCCCUGGUUCGAAUACGCCCCCCUCAUCUCCGCCCUCCUCCAGGAAGGCUUCACCCCUCCCUCCCUCGAGGAAGUCACUGGGAUCUCCGGUGUCGAGCAGAACCGCUUCGUCGUGGCCUCCCAGGUCCGCGAUUCCUUAAUCCAGACGGGCACGGACCCAGAAAUCAUCUCUCACUUCGAUACUGGUGGGGCUGAGCUAUUGUAUGAGAUCCGUCUCCUGUCAGCAUCCCAGCGAUCUGCUGCUGCCGGGUUUAUAGUCGCUAAUGGCUUCGAUGUGAAACAGUCCCAGGACCUGGCCCGUGCAAUGAAGGACUUUCCCCGCCGCAGGGGAGACAAGGGUUGGGACAAGUUCGAUUAUACUCUUCCCGGGGAUUGUCUGUCUUUUAUGUACUAUAGGCAGAGCAGAGAGCACAGGAACCCAUCCGAGCAGAGGACAGCGGCUCUGGAGCAGGCACUGAAGGUGGCCGCAACCGAGAGCGCAAAGAUGGCAGUGUUGGAGGAGUUGAAAGGGGAUAAGAGCGGUAGUAAGGACGGGGAAGGAGAGGAGAGUGCUGCUGUCAGAGUUCCAGUGGUGAGGUUGAAGAUUGGGGAGGUGGCGGAAGCAAGCUCGGUGGCAGUGCUGCCCGUGUGCAGGGCAUCAGAGGGAGAGACAGAGGUAGUAGAGGCACCAUGGCAAUGUAAGGGCGAGGGGGAUUUCAGGGUGGUGGUGGCCGAGAAGGGGUGGAAGAGUUGGGUGGUGCUGCCCAGGUGGGAGCCCGUGGCGGGGCUGGACAGCAACGGGGGAGUGACAGUGGCCUUCCCGGACGCGAGGGUAUUGCCAUGGAAGGUGAACCGGUGGUACCAGGAGGAGGCCAUUUUGGUGGUGGUUAACCGGAGCCAGAAGGCGGUGGAGGCUGAUGAUGGGUUCUAUUUGGUAGCGGUUGCUGCCGGCUCAGACAGGCCCGAGCGAUUGCAGGUCGAGAGGGGGUCGAGGCUGAAGGAGGCAGGGACGGAGGAGAGUCUAGGGACUGUGGUGUUGGUGGUGAGGCCACCAAAGGAGGAAGUUGAUGAUCAAUUAAGUGAUGAGGAUUGGGAAUGAAAUGGAAAUGGAAAUGAGACAAUAAAAAUCAUUUCUUGGGCAAGUCAGGUUUAGAUAGAAAAGGAUGCAGAAUUUGAACUUUCACUGAUCUUGCCUCUGAUUUUGUAGCCUAAGUAUGGAAAUUGUUCAAGAUGGGAUUUUUCCAUGUAAUUCUCUGUUUGGGAGGGAUCAGAGCUUGCUAUACCUUUUCCAUAAUAUAUAUAUAUAUAAUCAAAGCUGAGAUUUUGGCAUU